AUGAAAUGCUACUGGCGUUUUCGUCAUACCUUAACAAGUUACAGGUACGCAUAUGAUAAUAAUCAUAUCAGGCACUGCUCUGUCUUGAAACAUCAGCCUGUCCUACUUGAUACUGUAGUCAAAUUACUAGCACCAGCUAAUGGACAAAGCUAUAUCGAUGCAACUUUUGGUGGAGGUGGUCAUACCUCCGCUAUCCUCAAAGCAGCUACUGACUGUCAGAUUUAUGCGAUCGAUACUGAUCCUUUAGCAAUUGCUCGAGCUAAACAACUUGCAUCGACAACAUCAAAUUGGAUACAACGCUUAAAAGUUGUACAGUGUCGCUUUGGUCAAAUGGAAAACAAAUUAUUAGCUCAAGAAAAAUUACCUCCUAAUUCAAUGGAUGGCAUCAUUUUCGAUUUAGGUAUGUCUUCCAUGCAAAUUGAUGAUCCACUACGAGGAUUUUCAUUUCAAUCUAGUGGUCCACUCGAUAUGAGGAUGGAUGCUACAUCGGAUGAAAUAGGCAAGCACCAACAUCGUAUCACUGCUGCUCAUGUAAUUAAUAAUAUCGAUAAAGAAGAUUUAGCUGAUGUCUUGUGGAACUAUGGAGAAGAAAGGAAAGCACGAGCAAUUGCUACAGCUAUUAUUAAAGCUAGGAAAAAACAACCUAUCACUACAACAGACCAUUUGGUUGACAUUAUUGAUCGACAAUUCCCUUACAAAUAUCGUAAAGAUGGCCAAAUCCAUCCAGCCACAAGAACGUUUCAAGCAAUUAGAAUCUUAAUCAAUGAUGAAUUAUGGCAGUUAGUUCAGGGCUUGAAUGCUUGUAAAGCAUUACUCAAAAAUGGAGGAAGAUUAAUAGUUAUCAGUUUUCAUUCACUUGAAGAUCGAAUUGUAAAAAAAUUCUUCAACGGCGAAGAUCGACCAGAUUUUACAUCUCGGAGUAGCCCAACUUCUUCAAAGCAGUAUGCUCGUUUAAGUGAGGAAGGUAAAUCAAAGAUCGAAUCAAAAUCAAUCAUAAAGAGAAAUAGCCCUUGGAAACUUAUUUGUAAAAAACCAAUUUAUCCAAGCCCAGAAGAGAUAGCUCAUAAUUCUAGAGCUAGAUCAGCCAAACUUCGUUGUGCUAUUUUCUGUCCCGAAAAUGAUGAAAACAGAUUGUAA